AUGCUAGUGUAUAUAUAUGAUAACAGAGGUGGACCAAGGCGUUGCGCCGUUAAACUGCCAAAUUUUAGCUCUCGUGGAGCGCAAGUCGCCAAUGAACAGCUGGUCUAUCAUCCACCCGAGGAACUCCAUGUGGACAUCCUCCCCAGCCACCGAGGCGGUAAAUCGGACUUCCCAAAGAGGAAGGUGGGUGAAGUUACGGAUUCGGAUACGGAUGCGAAUGCUGCUCAGACGGGCACGUCCAAAGGUGUCGAGAGAAGAGAUGCAAAGGGAAAUCUUUAUGUUCGGUGUAAUAGUAUUGAGAUUACGAUAAGAGGAGGAGAAAGAACUUUUUCUUUGGGAGGAGGGUUCCAAUUAUCAGUUCCCGGUUCAGAUUCUGGUUCCCAGUUUCAAAAAAGUAGACGCAAGAAUUUCUUGCAGUUUCACCAAGGAAGGUUCAGAUUAUUAGUUCCCGGUUCCGAAAGGAGGAUUCCGAUUCUAGUUUCCAGUUCCAAGGGAGGAGUCCAGAAAGUAGACGCAAGAAUUAUCUUUUUUCAGAUUCACCUGGGAGGGUUCCAAAUAUCAGUUCCCAGUUCCGAAAAAGUAGACGCAGAAAUUAUCUUUUUUUCAAAAUACCAAGAGGAGGAGGAGAACGGGUGCUGGUCUCCUCCCGGUGCUGAAACCAGUCUAGUUUUUUUUUCAAUCUUGGCUAACAAAUUUCAGGAACCUGACUCGAAUUAA